AUGUUCAAGGAAACCAGAUCGUCAAUCAUUAUAACCAAACGAUCAUUCAGUAACAGUGGAGGAACUGUAUGGAGUACGACAAGUACCGUAAAAUCGUUCAUUGGGACGUCUAUAGACUGGAAGACAUUCAUUUCCAACGAGGAUCGUCAAGAUGCUGGGACCAUCAUCGUUGAAAUUGGAUGGUAG